GGGUCUCGCAAACCCGUCAGAGUCCACCGCAAACCGGUGCACGGCGCAGGAGUCCACGGCAGAGCGCCCCACCUCCUCCUCGCCGACGCGCGCCUCCGCCGUCUCCGCUAUGCUCUCCAGGCGAAGAUGCUUCGCGGCGGCGAAUCGGAUCCGACCGCUCGUCAGGGCCUUCUGCGACGCGCCGUCUUCGCGCACGGAUGCCGAGGCUGGCGGGGCGCCCAGGUCGCAGGAUCGCACCGAGAAGGUUGGUGCUGCGAAGGCAACGCCUGAUGUGCUUGACGUUGCUAUCGUUGGUGGGGGCAUGGUGGGCUUGGUUGUUGCUUGUGCAUUGUGUAGCAAAUAUGCCAUUAACAAAACAUCUGAGAGUCGCCAUCAUCGAUAGCAACCCUGCAUUGAAGUCAAUACAUUAUCUGACAAAAAACAGUAUACCCGAAUCAAGGGUCAGUACCGUUACUCCUGCAACCAUUUCCUUCUUCAAAGACGUUGGUGCAUGGGAGCAUGUCCAACAGCAAAGACAUGCUUUCUUUGGUAAAAUGCAGGUGUGGGACUACACUGGACUUGGAUACACGAGGUAUAAUGCAAGAGAUGUGGGAAAAGAAUACCUCGGAUGUGUGGUGGAGAACAAGGUGCUUUGCAACUCACUGCUGUUACGUUUACAGGAAGAAUUGGAUGACAUCGAAAAGGUGAUAUAUCCUACCAGAUUGGUGUCUCUUACUUUCCCGUCUAAGAUCAGGCAAGCAGGAAUCGGUCAUACUUCAGAAGAAUUACAUCGCAGUAAUUUAGUUAAACUUGACCUGAGUGAUGGGCAGACUUUAUACUCCAAAUUGGUGAUAGGAGCUGAUGGUUCAAAGUCCAAUGUGAGGCAGAUCGCAGGAAUAAAAACAACUGGUUGGAAUUAUCCGCAAAGUGCAAUUAUUUGUACAGUAGAGCAUGUUGCGGAAAAUGACUCUGCAUGGCAGAGGUUUCUCCCUUCUGGUCCAAUUGCACUACUUCCGAUAGGUGAUAAUUUCAGCAAUAUUGUGUGGACAAUGAGCCCAGAGGACUCACUACGUCAUAAAUCAAUGAACCCUGAAGAAUUUGUGAAGUCUGUGAACCAUGCAUUGGAUUUUGGUUUCGGUCCGCAUCCCCACUCUGGUACUCUUGACUAUUACGUGAAAAAGUUCUUUUCUGGCAUUGGGAACACUUCAGCAUCUACAAAAGAAUGCUUUGAAGUACCACCAAAAGCAAUCGGUGUAAUCUCUGAGAGAAUGGCAUUUCCAUUGUCACUUAUGCAUGCCCAUGAUUAUGUUGCAAAAAGACUGGCAUUAGUUGGAGAUGCUGCUCAUACAGUCCACCCCUUAGCCGGUCAAGGGGUCAACUUGGGCUUUGGAGAUGCUGCUGCUUUAGCAAAAGUUAUUGCUGAAGGAGUUUCUGUGGGCUCUGAUGUUGGGGAUCUGUCUUUGCUACAACGGUAUGAGAGGGACCGGAAGGCUGCCAAUGUUGCGAUGACAGCAGUGCUAGAUGGUUUCCAGAAGAUGUACUCUGUUGAUUUUGGACCCCUGAAUGUAGUGAGAGCUGCUGCGUUCCACGGUGCCCAAUACAUAUCACCAUUGAAAAGGAACAUCAUCUCUUAUGCAAUGGGCGACGCGAAAUGGCCGCUAUUUUUAUGAGCAGCAGCACUUUAAAACUCCCAGUUCUAUACUAGUAUGAUGCACUUGGUUUAUGGUUUUGGCUUGUACUGGAUCACUGAGAUACGUUGUACAGUGGAUGCAAUGCAACAGGAAAUCAAUAAACUAAAACUCAUGUUGUUCCUUUCGUUCA